CCGCCGCCGCCUGCCCGGGCCCAGCCCUUGCCCCAUGGCUUCCCCGGCGGCGGCGGGGCCCGGCGCCGCGUUGCCCCCGGGGUCGGCGAGCCGCGACUUCUACUGGUUGCGGUCCUUUAUCGCCGGAGGUGUUGCAGGAUGUUGUGCCAAAACAACUACUGCACCACUGGAUCGAGUAAAGAUUUUGCUGCAGGCUCAUAACCACCAUUACAAACAUCUAGGAGUGUUUUCUACAUUGUGUGCUGUCCCCAAAAAGGAAGGUUACCUUGGGCUGUAUAAAGGAAACGGGGCAAUGAUGAUUAGAAUCUUCCCAUAUGGCGCAAUUCAGUUUAUGGCAUUUGACCAAUAUAAAAAGGUAAUAAAGAAGCAACUUGGGAUUUCGGGGCAUGUGCAUCGAUUAAUGGCUGGAUCCAUGGCAGGUAUUACAGCAGUGAUUUGUACUUACCCUCUUGAUAUGGUUAGAGUUCGUCUGGCGUUCCAAGUAAAAGGGGAACACAAGUACAUGGGAAUUAUCCAUGCAUUCAAGAUGAUUUACACAAAGGAAGGUGGUUUUAGUGGGUUCUACAGAGGGCUGAUGCCAACUGUUGUAGGAAUGGCGCCAUAUGCGGGUUUUUCAUUUUUUACCUUUGGUACCUUAAAGAGCAUUGGACUUGCUCAAGCACCUAACUUGCUUGGACGGCCUUCAUUAGAUAAUCCUGAUGUCUUAGUUUUGAAAACACAUGUAAAUCUGCUGUGUGGUGGCAUAGCUGGAGCAAUAGCUCAGACGAUAUCAUAUCCCCUUGAUGUAACUCGUAGGCGAAUGCAGUUAGGAGCGGUUCUCCCAGACUCUGAAAAGUGCCUUACAAUGGUGCAGACACUGAAAUAUGUGUAUCAACAACAUGGAAUACGAAGAGGAUUAUACCGUGGUUUAUCUCUGAAUUAUAUUCGUUGUAUUCCUUCCCAGGCUGUGGCUUUUACAACGUAUGAACUUAUGAAACAAUUCUUGCACCUCAACUAAAUUUUUUUUUUUUAAAGACUUUUCUGUAAAACUACACUAUCGGGCCUCAAAUUAUAUUGGUGAGAAAAUUACUUGAAGUUUAAAAAAGCUAUCUCUUACUGUGGAACUGCUGUUGUCUGACAUUUGUAUGUGCCAAAAUGUGGUUAAUUUCCUGGAGUCAAACCAGGAGACAGAUCAAAAUAAACAUUAGUUAGCUAUAAACAUUUUUUUGCACUUGAUCUUCUAGGCUUCAUUAGAUUAAUGUUAAGAAUUACACACUUCUAAAAUUAUACCCACAUUUUAUACGGGUUUCAAGCUGUUAGUUAUUUAGCUUUAUCACCAUUCCAGGACUUACACACAAUUAUAUUGCUUUUUAAGCUAGUAGUUAGACAUCUGUUUUUUAA